AUGGACACCUCACACAAUGGCCAAGAUGGCCACAAGCCAACACACGGGGAACAAGAAGAAGAAGAAGAAGAACAACCCACCACACGGAAGCCGUAUUUUGUAACGUUCGACAUUAAGUACAUCACGUUUCUAUUUGUCGGGUUGGCGCUAUUAUGGCCCUGGAACUGUUUUCUUUCAGCCUCGGCGUUCUACUCGUCGAGAUUCUAUGCGUCGCCAGCAUUGAGUCUGAUAUAUUCGCCCACGAUGAUGAGCAUUUCGACGAUAACUUCCACGGUGGGCAGCUACAUCCUUUCGCAAAAACAGAGUGGCGUCAACUACAGGUCCCGAGUGCAAACAGGGUUGAGCGUGACGAUUGUUAUUUUCGUUGUCAUGGCGUUGACGAGUGUUGCUCCCCUCUUUUUGCACAUGGGCGACACGGUUUUUUUCGCGAUAUUGAUGACGAUGGUGUUUAUGUCGGCUUUGGCUACGUGUCUCGCCCAGAAUGGCACUAUGGCGAUUGUCAAUGUGUUGGGAAGCAUCUACGCCAACUCGGUCAUGGUGGGCCAAGCUGUCGCGGGGGUUUUACCUUCCAUCGCGUUGAUUAUUUCCGUGAUUCUUGCCGGGGAGCAGGCGAUGGAAGUUCACGAGAUCAAGCCCGAUUUCGGCAUUUUCUGGUACUUUUUAACUUCGAGCAUCGUGUGCAUCCUUGCGCUUGCCUUGUUUUUCAUCAGCAGAGACAAAAAAGAGGCUUCUUACCUGGGGCUCGCGGAGGCAAUGGUGAGUCAACACGAGGAGUCGCCGGAAGAGGAGUUGGAGACGCAGAAGAAAUUUGUGCCGUUUGCGGUGCUAUGGUCAAAGCUCAAGUACAUUGCAAUGACGAUUUUUCUCACCUUUAGCAUCACGCUUAGUUUUCCCGUGUUUGCAUCGGUGGUGCAGUCAACCAACGCAAAGCUGAAGGUCUUGUCUCGGGUUUUCAUCCCAAGCAUCUACCUCAUUUGGAACGUGGGCGACUUGUUGGGGCGCAUAUUGUGUGGAUAUCCACGCUUGCGCAUGUUGAUCACCAACCCGCGCACCUUGCUUGUGUACUCCAUUGCAAGGCUCGUUUUCAUCCCGUUGUUUAUGACGUGCAACAUCCACCCAGGCAAGGCGGACCCCCUUAUUAACUCCGACUUGUGGUACAUCUUGCUCCAGCUUCUCUUUGGCGUGUCCAACGGCCAGUUGUGCACUUCAUCCUUCAUGGUGGUUGGUGAUUUCUGCGACACCGACGACGAGAAAGAAGCGGCAGGAGGCUUCACUGCGGUCUUUUUGAGCGUGGGGUUGGCCGUGGGCAGUGUCCUUAGCUAUCUCCUCCUCCUUGUAGUGAACUGA